AUGCCGCCUCGUGUUCAGCAUGCCACGGACAUUGCCAUGGCAGCUCAAGCUCGCUCGGCGUCGACAUCCCCUGUUCGUGAGCCUCCUCCGGAAGAGUUCAUGCGUGAAGGUCUAGAGAACGAUGAAGUUUACAUAAUGGUUGAAGAUGAAUUCCUUGCUACAGCCCAGGCCUUCACGCGCCAUCUCCACUAUGCGGAAUACGCUCGCCGCAAGAAAGCCGCAAAGCUGGCGAAUCAGUCCGCCCCUCCACCCCGGCCAACUGACGGCAGAUCAAAGCUAAGUGACGAAACCAGAAAGAAACUAGAGGCUGAAAAGGCUUCGGCGAGACAAAAAGCCGCGUUGGAGGACUUGAAGACCGCAGCUGGCCGGCCACCCGUAGACUCAGAGGUGGAAGAUGUGGAUGAGACAACCCAGAUCACUGGUUGGAUUGCACGGCAUCAAGUCCUCCACAAAGGCCGCGUUGGGGUAUUCUACGGCUUCUGGGAGAGGACGAAAGAGUAG